AACAGUUUUCAUUUUCUAUGUCACAAAUCCUACAAAAUAUAACCUACAAAAUCAAUUCCAAAACAAACACAUAUUUCAACUAUAUUUUCCUCAAAAGUUUUCUCUCAAGAAUUACGUUUUAUAAGAAAACGGAGAAAUGGUGAAAAUUAAGAAAAGAGAUCCGAAAAAUACAUUUCACUCGGAUAGUGGACAAGGUUUCAACAGAAACAGAUUUCAACACUAUGGAAAUUGGCCCUAUAAGCAUAACUCCCAGUUCAAUAAUCAUGACAGGUUUGAAAAUGGUAAUCAAUCCAAAUAUGGAUACAAAUAUGGAUCAUACCAUUCGCAAUCCCGUUAUAAAUUAGAUUUCCGUCAGGAAUCUCGCUACAACUCUACUUUCAGAGAAAAAUAUAAAAAAAAGACAGUAUCAAGACCUACCUCUCCAGUUUUGGGCAGUGAAGAGCACAUGAAUUUGAAAAUUAAACAAACUAGUGCCAUAAUUAUGAGAAAAUUAUUGAGCCCCGAGGAGAGUAUAGUAUCGAUAACUGAGAGUCAUUCACAAACAAAAAAUAAACCCCUUGAAAUUUCCGAGAAUGCUCCUAAGCUAAUGAAAGAAAAAUCCUCUAAAGGCCCUAAGAAAAAAAAGAAAACCAAGAAACAACUUGUUUGUGAUAGUGCUGAGAAAAUCCAUGACAAGAUAAUGCAUCAUUUGAGUAAUAUGAACAAUGGCAAGAAGAGAAAUCUCAUACAUUCUACGGAGUCUGGAUAUGACGAGGCCAUAGAACAAAUCGUGAAACAGAAACGUAUAGAAAUUUCUAGAGCUCUUAGGAAUAUGUGUGGUGAGGCUUCAAACUUGGAAAAAUCUACCGACAUCAUUAAUUCUAUCAUACCCGAUAUUGGAAUCAAAAUAGAGGAAUUGCCGCAGGAGCUACUGAAGGAGUUACAGAACACCUUCGAUAUUGAUAUAGAUAAUGGAGGGAUAGAAUAUUUUGAAACAUUUGCUAAUGCACCUACCUGGGGUCUCACAACCAGCAGUCUAGAUCCAACCAACAGUCAUGGUUCUACUACCAUUAUUGAUCUUACCACCGAUUUUGAUCCCACAACCAGUGUUGAUGCCAUGGCGAAUAUUGGUCCUAUAACUAGUAUAUGCCCUACUUUGAGUGUAGGCCCUACCACCAGUUCAGGUCCCACCAUCAGUGCAAGCUCAACCAUUAGCUCAGAUUUCACCAGCAGUUUAGGUUCCACUACCAUUAUAGACCCUAUCAUUAGUGCAGGCCCCACGACCAAUGUAGAGGCUACUACCAGUGAAGUAUUAUUAAACUCUGAUAUGUUCUUCGGAGAAGAAUCCAGUCAAUUCCCAAGUCAAAGACAAAUUCGAUCCAAUGAUCAACUUGAGAGUAGCACAGACAACAGUCUACCUGGUAAUUUUUCUUCAAGUAGUGAUGUAGGGAAUCAAGAAAGCUACAAAGUUAAACAAGAACAUGAAGUCUCAUGGAUUUUGCCAGAAAUAAUAAUUCAGCCUAAAAUAAUAACUCAACCCAAAAUAGAAACUCAGUCGCAAAUAAUAAACCAAAAUGAAAUAACAAAUCAUCCUGAAAAAAUAGCAACAACCGAAAUAAUUGCCACACCCGAAAUAAAAACUCACUCUGACAUAAUAGCUGAAUCUAAACUAAAAACUGAGUCCGAAAUAAUAACUCAAUCUGAAAUACUACCCCAGCCCGAAAUAAUAGCUCAGCCUGAAAUAACAUCUCAGCCUGAAAUAACAGCUCAGCCUGAAAUAACAGCUCAGCCUACAGUAACAGCUCAGCCCACAAUAACAGCCCAACACGAGUUUGUAGCUCAGCCCAAAAUGGAUGAAUCAGAUAUUAAAAAAGUAGUGGAAAGUGAAACAGUUGAAAUUCCAUCUGUCAUUGCAACUGCUACUGAAACAUCUGGAAUUGUUCAACCUUCUUUGAAUGAACCUUACAUUAAGAAGGAAAUUGAGGUUGAUAUUCCCUCAGGCAGUACAUCUGUUAUUGAUGUGUCUCUUCUUGAAUCUAAUAAACCUAAAGAGAAUUCUCAAAAUUCUGAGAAUACAGCACCUCAAGAUAUUAUAGCUGAUGUUAAAGAUAAUUUUGAUAAACAGAUUGAAGAUGAUAAUUACCUAAAUGCAAUAAUGAACACAGAAGUGAUUCUACCGAACGAUGAAGAGAAGUGUUUGGUUUCUGAUUGUGAAAACAAUUGUUCAGUUCCGGACACUACAUUGAACGAGUCUGAUUCUACAAACAAAGUUGAAUAUUGUAGUAGUUCCACUCAGACAGAAGUAGAGGAUGUCAUGACCGUCAAGACAUUUUUAGAGCAAAACUUUCGUGAAAGGCCUCGAGAUUUACGUGAAGCUGUUCAGAGAAUGAUGGUAACAGAUCAGUUUAUAUCCGAGUUGAUGAAGUAUCGUCAGAACUUAUUUUCUCAAUUCUUGAUGGCCGAUAAAACAACUAGUGAAUUCCAGAAAAGCACACAAUGUGAAGUAUGUAGUAGAAUAGCAGAUGACGAAAUUGGAAAUGAAAAAACGAAACACAUUGAAAAAAAAUCCUCUCUAAAAACACAAAAUGGCAGAACCGAUAAUCUUGGUAAAACAGGGGCCAUCAAGAGGGCGCACAGAAAAAGUGGUAGUAAGAAGAAAAACACUAAAAAAAGAAAACUCAGUGAUGCUCAGGAUAGCACAGUUCAAACUUCUGUUGAAUGUAUAGAUCUUGAUAUUGAGUCAGAAACUGAAGUGGCUGUUGUAGAGCCUUCAGAAGAAAUUAUGCAAGAACGAGAAUCUUUGAAUGGGUUAGGUAUCAUGUCUGAACAGAAUAUGUUAGAGUUCCAAGAAGUUAAAGAGAAAAUGUUGGUUAUAAAAGUUUUCAGCGAUACUCUUUUAGCAGCAACCGAAACUGGAAAAAUAUUCUUUUGUAGUUUAGAGGAUGGGCACUAUACCAAUGUGUUAGAGGUAACAAAAUUCCCAAUAUUGUCGUUACUUUGCACAAAAGAAGAUGAAGAAAAAACUCUCCUCUACGUUGGAUCAUACGAGAAUUCUUUGAAAUUGUACAACUUUUACAGUCACUGCCUCCUAAAAUCUGUAAAUUUAACUGACAGCGUACAGUGCAUGGAUGAAGAGUGGGGCUAUGUUUUCUUAGGAUGCAUGCGAGGAACAAUAAUGCGCUAUUCUAUCAAGACAGGUAUGGUGGAGUAUGAGGAUAAUUUCAAUAAUGAUACAAUCUUCGUGAUAAAAGCUGCAAAAGAGGGUGUCAGAAGGGUGCUUUUGAUAGGUUCAAGAAACUCUCCAGUUGUAAUUAGAGCCGCAAUGACUGGUCUUCAUCUCCGAACGUUGGAAAAAAUGUUUGCUCCCACAGUGUAUUCUCUGAUAAUCGAGAAGAAUUUGGUAUACUGUGGAACCACAAAUCAUAAUAUCAUGGUAUUUGAUUUUAAUGAUGGAACUUUGACCAGAACACUCAGAGCUACUAAUUCAAAAGGAAUAGGUUGUUUGAAAAUUGUAGGGAAGCUGUUAUUUGCCAGUUGCCAUAAUGGAAAGAUUUAUGUAUAUAAUAUUGAAACAAAUGAGUUUAUUGAUAGCAUUGAAGGACCAGGAGGUGUCAUACUCUCAAUGGAAGUGUUGGAAAAUCAGGUUGUAGUGGGAACAAUGUCAUUCAAAUUUGUGUCGAUUCGAAUACCUCAACGAAUUCUGAGGCAGAAAUAAUGACAGAGUGUUUUUUCUAUCAGAAAUUGGAAGCUUGAAGAAGAGUUGAUAAUUUUCAACGGCGGAGUUACCAGGCGAUAGUGUAUUUGGAAUUUGAUAGAUGAAUAUAGAUUGAAUCUAGAAAAUUUUGUGAGACAAGGUGGCAUUUUCAAUAAUUAAACUUCAGAUUUGAAAAA